GUGACGGCGUCGUUUAGAUGCGGCGAUUACUAAAUACAAAGAAAAAUGAAAAGGGGAUAUAUUAAAUCGGCAUAACUGUUGCAUUUUGUAUCGAUGGCUAGUGCUGUCAGUAAGGUUUCCGGCGACCUGAAGUCGUCGAGUUUCGAUCGUGUCAGAGAAGCACCGCCGCCGCCUCCUGAUUCCUCCCUUCUUUUGGCUACCAGACCUCCCAGGCAUCUACAAGCGGUGUCAUACUGGACAUGCUCAAAGCUUUGUGCAUUUUGUUUUGUUGCUGGAGCGGUUUUCGGUUACUCGCUCAGGGGACGAGUUAAGCGCUGGGCUUCCAAGAUGCUCAAGAAGCUCAGCUGAAACUAACAUAAUUCAAUGAUUCUCGUUAAAGGUAGUCAUUUGGUUUGGUUAGACUUCACCUUCAUAGAUUACAUGUAAAACAAUGAUAUCAAUUUUGUGAAAUUUUUAGACGCUCCGUCAUUGUGCUUCAUACGGCUCACAAUUAGUUACUUACACAAAAGCCUUGUUAGUUUCGCGACUUGUUUCAAGCCAUUUGGCACAAUGUCACCACUUGUUAUGCUUUUUUCUUUUU